AUGAAGAAUCUAUUGCUUGUUUCUGUGGCAUGCUUAUUGUUCUGUCAUACCGCCCAUGCUUCCUGCACUGACAUCCAGUUGACGCUCAACCUCAAACCAAAGUACCCUUAUGGAAUCACUGACGGUACCGACUGUACCGACGAGGAAAAUGCUGAGAUUGCCUCCAUGAUCUCGUCCAAGGUAACAUCCGUCUUGGCCAGUUUUGGUUUCCCUGCUACCGUCGGUUCUGUGAGUGAUGUGGAUUGCCCCACCAUUGCAUGCACCACCAACCCCGGCCACAAAUGCGAGCCCCGCUGCGCCACUGUGAAAAUUUGUCUGACUGGAAGCGCCGCCUCCCAGGUACCGUCGUUCAGUGACUCUCAGCUGGGAGAGUUGGCGCAACAAGAAAUCGAUUCGCUUCGAUCGAGUUUACCCGCUUGUCUGGGCGUCAAGAACCAAUUCAUGCUUGACAUUCACUCGUCGGUGGUAGGCUCUUCGUCGGUGCGAUUUAUACCCACUAAUUAG